GCACGGGGCUCCGGGGCUCGGGGCUCGCCCCCGCCGCUCGGGGCAGGCGCGCCUAUGGCGUUUCUCAGGUGACGCUGCGCACACCGACUUUCUCCGAGGAAACACCUAUGAUCCCGUCGGCGACCUUCAUAGCCGGGCGCCAGAACAUCGGGUCAGAAGUUGAGAUUUCCACUAUUGAAAAACAACGGAAAGAGCUGCAGCUGCUCAUUGGAGAAUUAAAAGACCGAGAUAGAGAGCUCAAUGAUAUGGUUGCAGUACAUCAGAGACAACUUCUUUCAUGGGAAGAGGAUCGGCAGAAAGUGUUGACUUUGGAAGAGCGUUGCAGCAAGUUAGAAGGUGAACUACAUAAAAGAACUGAAAUAAUCAGGUCACUCACGAAGAAGGUAAAAACCCUUGAAUCUAAUCAAAUUGAAUGCCAAACGGCUCUUCAGAAGACUCAGCUACAGCUUCAGGAAAUGGUUCAAAAGGCAACCCAUUCCUCUCUCCUCUCUGAAGACCUUGAGGCUAGAAACGAAAACCUCAGCAACACAUUAGUGGAACUUUCUGCUCAGGUAGGACAAUUACAAGCUCGGGAGCAGGCUCUCACUACCAUGAUAAAGCUAAAGGACAAAGAUAUUAUUGAGGCAGUCAGUCACAUUUCAGACUGUUCAGGAAAAUUUAAAUUGUUAGAGCAUGCCUUACGAGAUGCUAAGAUGGUGGAGACUUGUAUCGUGAAAGAAAAGCAAGAUUAUAAGCAGAAAUUGAAGGCACUUAAGAUCGAAAUCAAUAAACUAAAAGAGGAUCUAAACGAAAAGACAACAGAAAAUAACGAACAACGAGAAGAGAUCAUUCGCCUCAAGCAAGAGAAAAGUUGCCUGCAUGAUGAAUUGAUUUUUACUGCAGAGAGAGAAAAAAGGAAAGAUGAGUUACUUGAUAUUGCAAAGUCAAAACAAGAGCGAACAAACGCAGAACUGCAUAACCUGAGACAGAUUUAUGUAAAACAACAGAGUGAUCUGCAGUUUCUUAAUGUCAAUGUGGAAAAUUCUCAGGAAUUAAUACAGAUAUAUGACUUAAAGAUGGAGGAAUCAAAGGCCCUAGAAUCCAGCAGAGACAUGUGUUUAUCAGAUCUUGAAAAUAACCACCCGAAAGUCGAUAUUAAGAGGGAGAAAAAUCAGAAGUCACUGGUUAAGGACCACAAAUUUGAGACCAUGUUGGUUCAGCAAAACAAGUCAGACAAGAACUCUUGUGAUGUAUGCAAAGAGAAGAAACUACAGGUUAAUACUUCAUUUGGGGAAAAAAGUGUAUUUGCUAUCUCAUCUCUGUUUACAAAAGACUUAGUGGAGAAACAAAAGUCUUGGGCUCUGGGAGGAAAAAUCCAGAAUGAACCCGAAAACAAAAGUACAUUGUGCAAGAUCCACGCAAAAUCACCAAAAAGUGAUGGAAAUGGCAUUCAGAAUGAAGAGAAACAACUCUCAGAAUCAUUAACAUCCUUAUCUGAUGAAAAGCAGUGGCAUGAUGUCAGUGUUUACUUGGGCCUGGCCAACUGUUCUGGUUCAAAGCAACCAGAAAAGCUGGAUGUUGAAUGUCAAGAUCACAUAGAAAUGUCUGGAAUCUCAUGUUGCCAUAAAAAUGAAGCCUGUCUGGGUGAAAGUGACUUGUGUGAAUCCAAGUGCUGCCACCCGAGUAAUUUCAUAAUUGAAGCCCCAGGCCACAUGUCUGACACAGAGUGGAUGAGUAUUUUCAAGCCUUCUAAAAUGCAAAGAAUCGUUCACCACAAAUCUGUGUGCACUUGUUCAGAAAGUGCCAGUGGAACAAAAUAUAACUCCCCGACAAGUGAGAUAAUUGCCGUCCAACAUUCCCACUGCUGGGGUUCUUCAAAAUCUGCCUUGAGAGAAGAUGAGAAGUUGAUAGAGACAGAAUCCUCUUCUGAUAAAAAAGACUCAUCUAAGGUUUUGUUAAUCAACAAAGAUGCAGCAUUGCCCAGUGAAAAGGGUGAUUUUUCUCCCACCAGUAAGCUUCAGCGUUUGCUGGCAGAAUCUCGUCAGAUGGUUACGGAUCUGGAGCUGAGUACUCUGCUCCCCAUCAGCUCUGAGAGUCUCAACAGCAGUGCUCAAAAUAAUUUAGAAGUCUCAGAAGAGUCAGCUCAAAAAAAUACCUUUCUCAGUAAUUAGAGAAAACAAAUGUCAGCUUCAGUCUUCGUUGUGAUCAUAGAAGCCGAUUUCUCAUCUAUGUGGAAGGCAGGAAGCAGCAUCAAUACUUAAUACUUCACCUUUGAAAACAAAAAGAGGCUUGUAAUCCUUCGUAAGCAACAUUUAAUACCAAAGGGGAGCAGAAACUGAAAGUUAAUUUUUAAACAUCUAUAUUUUGUUUUUCAAAUUAACCAUUUUCAUAUGUAAGAAAUAUUUUUCAUGUGCAAGAAAUUAGACCUUAGGUAUAUUGUGUAUAUACACACUUGGAAGAUGGAGAUGACAGUUAAAUACUAGAAAAGCUCUUUAAAAGUGUGAAAAUCAAAUAGAGAACCCCUGCAUAUAAAAUGCUAUUUUAUUUUAACUAUCUGAUUUUUUUUAAACCUGUGCAUACAUUUAAAUUAUAACCAGUAGUUUAUCAGAGUCAGCUCCAAAUAUAUGAGAAAUAGAAUUCUCUUCUCUUGUGGUUUUAGCUCUGGACUUUGCUGUGUAAAUAGAUAUAAAAUGAUAUAAAAUAAAAUAUUUUUAACUGGGAAUUAUCUCCUCGGUUACUACUGACAGUUGAGGUCCUUCUGUCCCAAAGCUGAGCAGAGCCCCAUCUUGUCCAGGUCUGUAGUAAUCCCAUCUACUUAUGCAAACAAAAGCUUGCUGGAAGAUCAAGUUUUAUAUGCAUUUUUUCUUUUAUCAUUAAAGACUAAAACACUUAUGUUUUAACUUGUAAAGUAAUUUAAUUUUUUAAAGAAUAUACUACGUGCCUCUCUGUCCCUUCUAAGAGAAUUGAUCAGCUUCAGUCAAUAAAAAAUAUUUUUAAUAAUAAA